AUGACCACCUCUACAAUUUCCUAUCCCGUGCUCCCGGAGAAGCUUCUUCUCAUCUCACUCAAGAUGUACUUCACCCCGGACCGUACGCUCGCCUAUCUCCGGAGUCUCCUCGACCCUGCCCACCAGAUCGUCCAGCCCGCCAACCGGGAGAAGCUGCUUUUAGCCCUGAUUCCCGACUUUCUCACCAUUUGGCCCUGCGCAGAGAUUCUCAAGGAGUAUGAGCAGAAGCUACUCGCAUCUGGCACGUCGGUGACCCCGCCGCCCUUCCUGCUUGGGGCCCAGGACUGUAUGUGGGCAGACUACGGUGCCUACACCGGCGAGGUUUCCCCCGCUGCAAUCAAGUCUCUCGGCUGUUCCAUUGUCGAGUUGGGUCAUGCCGAGCGUCGCGCGAUCUUUGGCGAAACUGACGAUCAGACCGCACGUAAGGCUGCGGCCACUUGUGCCCAGGGCAUGGUGCCGCUUGUCUGUGUCGGCGAGAUCACUGCUCCUGGUGCCGUGGCCUCGGAGGCCGUUGGCCAGGCGGUUACUGAAUGCGCCGUCCUGAUCCGCGCGGUACUAGCUGCGAUCCCUGCCGAUGCGCCGGUCAUCUUUGCUUACGAGCCCGUGUGGGCGAUUGGCAAACCCAAGCCAGCGGGUGUUGACCACGUCGCGGCCGUCGUGGAGGGCAUCCGCGGGGUGAUUGGUUCCCGCCUGGGGACAGCCCGGGUGCUCUACGGUGGCAGCGCAGGACCUGGUCUUUGGGGCGCGGGCGGCCUGGGCAAGGCCGUCGACGGGAUGUUCCUCGGGCGCUUCGCCCACGAGGUCGAGGGGGUGCGCAAGGUCGUCCGCGAGGUGGAAGAGUCCCUGGUUUGA